AUGCUGCUCCCUGCCCUCCUCCUCGGGUUGGCCUGGGCACUGGCCCACGGGCGGUGGUGUGAGCGGACCGAGACCGUCCUGGUGGAGGAGGAAGUGACACCCCGCCAGGAAGACGUGGUGCCCUGCACCAGCCUCUACCACUACAGGCGCCAGGGCUGGCGGCCGGGCCCCGGGAGUGCGCGCGCGGGGCUCUGUCCCGUCUACAAGCCCCCGGAAACCCGGCCUGCUGCACGGAACCAGACGGUGCGGGCUUGCUGCCCAGGCUGGGGGGGUGCCCGCUGCACCGUGGCCCUCGCAGACACCAGCCCUGAGGGCCACUGUUUCGCCACAUGGCAGUGCCAGCCAAGGGCAGGCUCCACUAAUGCCUCUGCGGGGAGCCUGCAGGAGUGCUGUGCCCGGCCUUGGGCACACAGCUGGCAGGACGGCCGCUCCCGGGUCUGCCUUGGCUGCGCCAGUCAGCAGCUCCCAGGUGACACCCCCUCCCCAGCCCCCCUGCAGCCCCUGGCAGGGGCAGUGGACCAUCUCUGGAGUCGGCACCAGAGUCCCGCAGCCACCUGUGCCACCUGGUCAGGCUUCCACUACCGCACCUUUGACGGGCGCCACUUCCACUUCCUGGGCCGCUGCUCCUACCUGCUGGCGGGCGCUGCCGACUCUAGCUGGGCCGUCCACCUCACACCUCGGGGGCACUGCCCCCGGCCCGGGCACUGCCAGCUGGCCCGGGUGGCGAUGGGGCCAGAGGAGGUGCUGGUCCAGGACGGGGCCGUGUUUGUGAAUGGGCAGCUGGUACCUGAGGGGGAGUCGCGGCUGCUCCACGGGCUGAGCCUGCAGUGGCAAGGGGACUGGCUGGUGCUGUCCGGGGGCCUGGGGGUCGUGGUGCGGCUGGACAGGUCCACUUCGGUCUCCGUGUCUGUGGACCGCGAGCUCCAGGGACAGACCGAGGGCCUCUGUGGACUUUACAACGGCCGACCUGAGGAUGACUUCUUGGAGCCGGGCGGGGGGCUGGCGGCCUUGCCUGCCACCUUUGGGAAUUCCUGGAAGCUCCCUGACUCUGAGCCUGGUUGUCCUGAGGCAGUGGAGGUGGCCCAGGGCUGUGAGGACCCCCUGAGGCUCACAGAGGCGGGCCUGGAGGCCAGCCGGCUACGGGCUGAAGCCCAGGAUGUGUGCCACCAGCUGCUGGAUGGUCCAUUCAGGGAAUGCCAUGCCCAGGUGCCCCCUGCUGAGUACCACGAGGCCUGCCUCUUUGCCUACUGUGCUGGGGUCUCCGCGGGCAGCGGGGCCGAGGGCCGGCGGGAGGCCGUGUGCGCCACCCUGGCGCAUUACGCGCGGGACUGUGCCCAGCGGCACAUCGCCGUGCGCUGGAGGAGACCCGGCUUCUGCGAGCGCCCGUGCCCGGGCGGCCAGCAGUACUCGGACUGCGCCUCCGCCUGCCCGCCCAGCUGCGCGGCCGCGGGCGAGGGCGCGGCGGGGCCGUGCGGGGCCCAGUGCGUGGGCGGCUGCGAGUGCCCGCGCGGCCUGCUCUGGGACGGCGCCCUCUGCGUGCCCGCCGCGCGCUGCCCGUGCUACCGCCGCCGCCAGCGCCACGGCCCCGGCGACACCGUGCGCCAGCGGUGCAACCCGUGCGAGUGCCGGGAGGGCCGCUGGCUCUGCGCGCAGGCGCCGUGCCCCGCGGAGUGCGCGGUGGGCGGGGACGGGCAUUACGUCACCUUCGAUGGGCGGAGCUUCCCCUUCCGCGGCGGCGCAGGGUGCAGCUACCGCCUGGUGCAGGACCUCUCUCAGGGGCAGCUGCUGAUCGUGCUGGAGCAUGGGGCCUGCGACUCUGGGAGCUGCCUCCGUGCCAUGUCUGUCUCCCUGGGGGACACCCACAUCCAACUCAGGGACUCAGGAGCCGUUCUGGUCCACGGGCAGGAUGUGGACUUACCCUGGCAUGGCGCUGGGGGCCUCAGAGUGGUCCGCGCCUCCUCCUCCUUCCUGCUGCUGCACUGGCCUGGGGCCCAGCUGCUCUGGGGAGUGUCCGACCCUGCAGCGUACAUCACCCUGGACCCCCGCUAUGCCCAUCAGGUGCAGGGUCUGUGUGGCACCUUCACCUGGAACCAGCAGGACGACUUCCUGACGCCUGCGGGCGACGUGGAAACCAGCAUUGCUGCUUUUGCUAGCAAGUUCCAAGUGGCAGGGGAUGGAAAGUGCUCUUCAGAGGACAGCACCCCACUUUUCCCCUGUGGCACCCACACUCAGGGGCACGUUUUCGCAGAGGCUACCUGUGCCAUCCUGCAGGACUCAGCCUUCCAGGAGUGCCACGGGUUGGUGGACAGGGAGCCGUUCCACCUGCGCUGCCUGGCGGCAGCGUGUGCCUGUGGCUCUGGCGGGGCCUGCCUGUGCCCAGUGCUGGCUGCCUAUGCUCGCCGUUGUGCCCAGGAGGGCGCCCUGUCUUCCUGGAGGAACCAGACCCUCUGCCCUGUCGUGUGUCCUAUGGGCCAGGAGUACCAGGAGUGCGCCCCGGCGUGUGGCCGAAACUGCGGGGAGCCAGAUGACUGUGGGGAGCUGGCUGGCUGUGUGGCUGGUUGCGCCUGCCCUCCAGGGCUACUGUGGGACCCAGAGGGCCAGUGCGUGCCCCCCAGCUUGUGCUCCUGCCAGCUCGGAGCCCACCGCUAUGCCCCUGGCAGUGCCACUAGGAGAGACUGCAACCACUGCGUCUGCCAGGAGCGGGGCCUCUGGAAUUGCACAGCUCGCCGCUGCACCCCCCAGCGGGCCCUCUGCCCCGGGGAGCUUGUCCAUGUCCCCGGUGCGUGCCUCCUCACCUGCGACAGUCCCAGUGCCAACCUCUCCUGCCCCCCGGGCAGCACAGGGGGCUGUGUUUGCCCCCCAGGCACCGUGCUGCUGGACGAGCGUUGUGUGCCUCCUGAGCUCUGUCCCUGCCUCCACGGCGGCCAGUGGUACCCGCCCAACGCCACCAUCCGGGAGGACUGCAAUGUCUGCGUGUGCCAGGGUCGGCACUGGCGCUGCGCAGGCCAGCGGUGUGCUGGGCGCUGCCAGGCGUCCGGUGCCCCCCACUACGUGACAUUUGAUGGGUUGGCCCUCACCUUCCCGGGGGCCUGUGAAUACCUGCUGGUGCGAGAGGCCGGCGGCCAGUUCACCGUGACCGCCCAGAACCUGCCCUGCGGGGCCGCCGGGCUCACCUGCACCAAGGCGCUGACCGUGAGGCUGCGGGACACUGCUGUGCGCAUGCUCAGAGGCCGGGCGGUGACGGUGAAUGGGGUGAGCGUAACGCCCCCCAAGGACUACACGGGCUCGGGGCUGAGCCUGCGGCGCGCCGGGCUCUUCCUGCUGCUCACCUCCCGCCUGGGGCUCAGCCUGCUGUGGGAUGGGGGCACCCGGGUCCUGGUGCAGCUGUCCCCCCAGUUCCGCGGUCGUGUGGCCGGGCUGUGUGGAGACUUCGAUGGAGAUGCUGGUAAUGACCUGCGGAGCCGCCAGGGCGUCCUGGAACCCACGGCCGAACUGGCCGCCCACUCCUGGCGCCUCAGUCCCCUCUGCCUCGAGCCAGGGGACCUGCCACACCCCUGCACUGUGAACGCCCACCGGGCCGACUGGGCCCGCACCCGCUGCGCAGCCAUGCUGCAGCCUCUAUUUGCCCGCUGCCACACAGAGGUGCCCCCACAGCAGCACUAUGAGUGGUGUGUGUACGACGCCUGCGGCUGCGACUCAGGGGGCGACUGUGAGUGUCUCUGCUCGGCCAUCGCCACCUACGCAGAUGAGUGUGCCCGGCACGGGGUGCACGUGCGCUGGCGCAGCCAGGAGCUCUGCCCUCUGCAGUGUGAGGGGGGGCAGGUGUAUGAGGCCUGUGGCCCGCCCUGCCCCCCGACCUGCCAUGACCACCGUCCUGAGCCCGGGUAUCACUGCCAGGCCGUAGCCUGCGUGGAGGGCUGCUUCUGCCCCGAGGGCACUCUGCUGCACGGGGGCACCUGCUUGGAGCCAGCUUCCUGCCCCUGCCAGUGGGAGGGCAGCUUCUUCCCCGCGGGCACAGUGCUGCAGAAGGACUGCGGGAACUGCACGUGUCAGGAGAGCCAGUGGCUGUGCGGGGGUGACGGGCCCCACUGUGAGGAGCCAGCCCCUGACUGCGCGGAGGGGGAGGUCCCGUGCCAGGAGAGCGGGCACUGUGUACCCCGCGGGUGGCUGUGUGACAACCAGGACGACUGUGGCGAUGGCUCAGACGAGGAGGGCUGUGCCGCCCCGCGCUGUGGGGACGGGCAGAUGACCUGCAGCUCCGGACACUGCCUGCCCCUGGCCCUGCUCUGUGACGGGCGGGAUGACUGCGGAGAUGGCACAGAUGAGCGGGACUGCCCGUGCCCCCCGGACUCGCUGGCCUGUGCUGAUGGGCGCUGCCUGCCCCCCACCCUGCUCUGCAACGGGCACCCCGACUGUCCAGACGCUGCGGACGAGGAAUCCUGUCUGGGGCGGGUGGAUUGCACCCCUGGGGAGGUGCCCUGUGUCGACAGCACCUGUGUGGGGGCCGCGCACCUGUGUGACGGAGUCUGGGACUGCCCCGAUGGCGCAGACGAGGGGCCUGGGCACUGCCCGCUCCCAUCUCUGCCCACGCCCCCUCCUGGCACCUGGCCCGGCCCCACCCCUGGCCCUGGGGAGACUGUGCCAACUCUCCUGGCCAGCGCCAGCCCUGGGCCCAGCUGCGGCCCCUCGGAGUUCGAGUGCAGCAGCGGCGGGUGCGCCCCGCGGGGCUGGCGCUGCGACCGCGAGGCCGACUGCGUGGACGGCAGCGACGAGCAGGACUGCGGCUGGCCCUGCGGGCCCCACCAGGCGCCCUGCACCCGCGGCCUGCGCUGCGUGUCGCCUGCACAGCUGUGUGACGGCACCGAGCACUGCCCGGACGGCUGGGACGAGGGCCCGGAUGUCUGCGAGGGGCUGCGAGCCCCGGGGGCGCCCAACAGGACAGGCGGGCCCUGCCAAGAAUAUUCCUGCCCGGGGGGCCGCUGCAUCAGCUUCCAGCUGGUGUGCGACGGGCAGCCUGACUGUGAAUGGGCAGGGGAGGCAGCCUUUUCUCCGGAAGAGCAGGGGUGUGGGGUCUGGGGCCCCUGGAGCCCUUGGGGGCCGUGCAGUCGGACGUGUGGGCCCGGGGUGCAGGGCCGGAGCCGACGCUGCUCCCCCCCCAGCCUGCCGGUGCUGCAGCGCUGCCCGGGCCCAGAGCACCAGGCUCAGGCCUGCUUCGCUGCUGCCUGCCCAGUGGACGGACAGUGGAGCCCCUGGACCCCCUGGUCCCCCUGCUCUGAGUCAUGCGGGGGCACCUCGACCCGGGAGCGGCGGUGCCACCCUCUGCAGAAUGGGGGCCGGGCCUGCGCCACGCUGCCCGGGGGCCCUCCCAGCAGCCACCAGACCCGGCCCUGCCCUCGGGACGGCUGCCCCAAUGCCACCUGCCCUGGGGAGCUGGUGUUCCAGCCCUGUGCCCCCUGCCCGCUGACUUGCGAGGACAUCUCUGGCCAGGCCCUAUGCCCCCCUGACCGGCCCUGCAGCAGCCCAGGCUGCUGGUGCCCCGAGGGGCAGGUGCUGGGCGGUGAGGGGCGAUGUGUGCCGCCGCAGCAGUGUCCCUGCCUGGUGGGCGGUGCCCGCUACUGGCCUGGGCAGCGCGUCAAGACCGACGACUGCCGGCUCUGCGUCUGCCAGGACGGGCGGCCCCAGCGCUGCCAGCCCAACCCCAACUGUGCCGUGAACUGCGGCUGGUCCUCCUGGUCCCCCUGGGCCGAGUGCCUGGGCCCCUGCGGGAGCCAGAGCGUCCAGUGGUCCUUCCGGAGCCCCAACAACCCCCGCCUCUCUGGCCAAGGCCACCGGUGCCGGGGCCUCCACCGCAAGGCCCGCAGGUGCCAGACGGAGCCGUGCGGGCGCUGUGAGCAGCACGGCCAAGUCCACGGUGUGGGGGCGCGCUGGCGGGGGGGACCCUGCAGCGUGUGCCAGUGUCUGCACGAUGGCACUGUGCUCUGCUCCCCCUACUGCCCGCUGGGCAGCUGCCCCCAGGACUGGGUGCUGGUGGAGGCGCCCUCGGAGCCCUGUUGCCGCUGCGUCCGGCCGGGAGAGGAGCAGGCGCUCCCCGCCAUGGUCACUCUGUACCCCACUCCGGCCCCCAGUGCCCGGACCGGAGCCCCCCUGGUCACCUACACCCUGCCUCCACCCGGAGACCCCUGCUACGCCCCCCUGGGCCUGGCCGGGCUCUCCGAGGGCGGCCUGUGGCUGGAGCACCCUGCCUCGACUGCCCCGGGGGCUCCCACCAGGGGACCCGACCCCCACGCUCCACAGCACACCCAGGCCCCACCCCGGCAGCUGGACCUGCUGCGGCCCCGCAAUCUCACUGGCCUGCUGGUGCAGGGGGCGGGGGCGGUGCGCCGGCUCCAGCUCAGCAGCGACGGUCUGCACUGGCACAGCUACCCCGACCUCCAGCCCGCCCCUCCGCCCCCGCCCAAGCCUUCCCCCGGGGCCUGGGGUGACGUGACCCCCGCAGCGUGGACGUUCGGCCGCAUGGUGCAGGCGCGGUAUGUCCGGGUGUGGCCCCAAGAUGCCCACCAGAGCCGCGCCCCGCGGGUGGAGCUGCUGGGCUGCGAGGAGCCAGUGGUGCUCCCGUGCCCCGGGGCUGGACCCCGCUGUGCCAGUGGUGAGUGUGCCCCGAAGGGCGCCCCGUGCGAUGGUGCGGGCGACUGUGAGGACAGGUCGGAUGAAGAGGGCUGUGCGCCCCCCGCUGCAGGCGCCCGCAGAGUCCCGUCCGCAGCCGGGACCCCAGGCCUGUCCCCCUCUGGACUGGGCCAGCUGCUGCCCCAGCCUAGGGAGGGUCUGGCGGAGGCUGAACACCGGCAUCUCGGGCAGGGGCCACUCACGGCCCCCACAGGGAAAGGGCCAGUGAGCGCCGUCCCUGGCUCCGAAGCUCCUCGUGCGAGUCCUGGGGACUCCGUGCCGACUGUGACCACCGCCUCCAUAUCCCAACCCGAGGCCAAGGUCCUGGGACCAGGACUGGCGGCCGUGACGGUGCCCCACCCCCACCCCACGAGUCCCGCGGCGCCUGCAGGCCAGCGUGCUGCCCCGGGGCCCUUCCCACCUGUGCAGUGCAGCCUGGGCCAGGCGCCCUGCCAGGUGCUGGCCUGUGUGGGGCAGGAGCAGCUCUGCGACGGGACGGAGGACUGUCUGGACGGCUCUGACGAGAGACACUGUGGUGACAUGGCGCCCUUCACGGUGCCCACCACGGCCCUGCCUGGGCUGCCAGCCCCGCGGGCCCCCUGCUCCCCGAGCCAGCUGAGCUGCGGCAGCGGGGAGUGCCUGGCCUCCGAGCGGCGCUGUGACCUGCGGCCCGACUGCCAGGACGGCUCUGACGAGGACCACUGUGUAGACUGCGUCCUGGGCCCCUGGUCUGGCUGGAGCGGCUGCAGCCACAGCUGUGGCCCGGGCCUCACCUUCCAGCGCCGGGAGCUCCUGCGGCCUCCCCUGCCCGGGGGCAGCUGCCCACCCGACCGGGUCCGCAGCCAGCCCUGCUUUGUGCAGGCCUGCCCAGUGGCUGGGGCCUGGGCUGUGUGGGAGGCCUGGGGGCCCUGCAGCGUCUCUUGUGGGGGCGGCCAUCGGAGUCGCCGGAGGAGCUGUGUGGACCCCCCACCCAAGAAUGGAGGUGCCCCCUGCCCUGGGGCCUCCCAGGAGGGGGCACCCUGUGGCUUGCAGCCCUGCACAGGGGGCACAGACUGCGGGCCGGGCCGCGUGCACGUCGGUGCUGACCUGUGCCACCAGGGGCUGGCGCCGCCCUGCCCGCCCUCCUGCUUGGACCCCACGGCCAACAGAAGCUGCAGCGGGCGCUGUCUGGAGGGGUGCCGCUGCCCCCCGGGGCUGCUCCUGCACGGCGCUGGCUGCCUGCCCCUCUCAGAAUGCCCCUGCCUUGUGGGCGGGGAGCUGAGGCCGCCGGGGGUGCCCUUCCUCCUGGACAACUGCAGCCGGUGCCUGUGUGAGGAGGGGGCGCUGCUGUGUGAGCCCCGGCGCUGCCCUGUGCCCUGCGGCUGGUCCGCCUGGUCCUCCUGGGGCCCCUGCGACCGCUCCUGUGGCUCGGGACUGAGGGCCAGGUUCAGGUCUCCUUCCAACCCUCCAGCUGCUUUUGGGGGUGCCCCUUGUGAAGGCGACAGACAGGAGCUGCAGGCCUGCCACCUGGGGUGUGGGACAGAGGCCCCAGGCUGGACGCCCUGGACACCCUGGUCCGCCUGCUCCCGGAGCUGCCUGGCCCCCGGAGGGGCUCCCGGCUGGCGCAGUCGCUCCCGGCUCUGCCCGGGCCCCGCGGACACGUCCUGCCCGGGAGAGGCCACCCAGGAGGAGCCCUGCAGCCCCACUGUGUGCUUAGUGCCGAGCGUCUGGGGCCCGUGGGCCGCCUGGUCGGCCUGCUCGGCCCCCUGUGACGGGGGCGUCCAGACACGUGGGCGCCGCUGCUCUGGCUCAGUGCCAGGAGACCCCGAGUGCCAGGGACCCCACAGCCAGACCAGGGACUGCAACACGCAGGCCUGCGCAGCCCAGUGCCCGGGGGACAUGGUGUUCCGCUCGGCGGAGCAGUGCCGCCAAGAGGGGGGCCCGUGCCCUCAGCUGUGCCUGGCGCAGGGCCGGGGCGUGGAGUGCACAGGCUCCUGCGCCCCCGGCUGCGCCUGCCCCCCGGGCCUCUUCCUGCACAACGCCAGCUGCCUGCCGCGCCACCAGUGCCCCUGCCAGCUGCGCGGGCAGCUGCACGCCCCGGGGGCAGUGGCUCGGCUGGACUCCUGUAACAACUGCACCUGCGUCUCUGGGGAGAUGGUGUGCACCUCGGAGCCCUGCCCAGUGGCCUGCGGCUGGAGCCCCUGGACCCCGUGGAGUCCGUGCAGCCGCAGCUGCAAUGUGGGUGUUCGGCGGCGCUUCCGGGCGGGCACUGCGCCCCCCGCUGCCUUUGGGGGUGCCGCGUGCCAGGGCCCCAAUAUGGAGGCUGAAUUCUGCAGCCUGCGGCCCUGCCAAGGCCCCAGCGAGCAGUGGGGCCGCUGGUCUGCGUGCUCCGUGCCCUGCGGCGGUGGCUACCGGAACCGCAGCCGAGGCGGCGGCCUGCCCGGCCAGAUGGACUUCUCCGCCUGCGGCCUGCAGCCCUGUGCCGGGCCAGUGCCUGGUGUGUGUCCUGGGGACAAGCGGUGGCUGGACUGUGCCCAGGGCCCGGCCUCCUGUGCGGAGCUCAGCGCCCCUCCAGGGGCUAACCGGACCUGCCACCCCGGCUGCUACUGCCUGCCUGGAACACUCCUGCUGAACAACGUGUGUGUGCCCGCGCAGGACUGCCCCUGCACCCAUGGGGGGCGCCUCUACCCCCCUGGCGGCACUGUGCUUCGCCCAUGUGAGAACUGCUCCUGUGUCUCCGGGCUCAUCACCAACUGUACCGCCUGGCCCUGCGAAGAGGGUCAGCCCACGUGGUCGCGCUGGACUCCGUGGAGCGCGUGCUCGGCCUCCUGUGGUCCUGCCCGACGCCACCGGCAUCGCUUCUGUGCCAGGCGCCCCGGGGCAGUGCCCACCGGCGUGGCUUUGCUGCCCCCACUGGCCCCCACCACGACUCCUUGUCCGGGCCCUGAGGCUGAGGAGGAGCCCUGCCUCCUGCCAGGCUGUGACCGAGCUGGGGGCUGGGGGCCUUGGGGACCCUGGUCCAGCUGCAGCCGGAGCUGUGGGGGAGGCCUGCGGAGCCGGACCCGAGCCUGUGACGAGCCCCCACCCCAGGGCCUGGGGGACUACUGUGAGGGGCCUCGGGCCCAGGGGGAGGCCUGCCAGGUGUUGCCAUGCCCAGUGACCAACUGCUCCACCAUCGAGGGGGCCGCGUUUAGCCCCUGUGGGCCCCCCUGUCCUCGCUCCUGCGAUGACCUGGUGCACUGUGUGUGGCGCUGCCAGCCCGGCUGCUACUGCCCCCCGGGCCAGGUGCUGAGCGCCGACGGCGUGGUCUGCGUGCGGCCGGCUCACUGCGGCUGCCUGGACCUGCUGACCGGGGCGCGGCACCGCUCGGGCACUCGGCUGGCGAGGCCUGACGGCUGCAACCACUGCACCUGCCUGGAGGGAAAGCUGAACUGCACGGACCUGCGGUGUCCAGUGUCCGGUGGCUGGUGCCCGUGGUCGGAGUGGACGGCCUGCUCCCAGCCCUGCGGGGGCCAGAUGAGGACCCGCUCCAGGGCCUGCACCUGCCCCGCUCCUCAGCAGGGUGGGGCCCCAUGCCCCGGGGGGGCGGGGGAGGCAGACCUCCAGCAGCAGAGGGAGGUGUGCCCCAGCGCCGAGUGCCCCGUGGACGGAGCUUGGAGCGCCUGGGGUCCGUGCUCCCGCUCCUGUGGCGGCCUGGGCACCCGCACCCGCAGCCGCCAGUGCGUGCGCCCCACGCCAGCUCCCGGAGGCCAGGGCUGCCCAGGGCCCCUCCAGGACCUCGAGUUCUGCCUCAGCCCGGACUGCCCAGGAGCUGCAGGGUCCACAGUGGAACCAGUGACAGGCCAUCCAGGUGGCUGGGGCCCGUGGUCCCCGUGGUCCCCCUGUUCCCACAGCUGCACGGACCCUGCCAACCCCGCUCUGCGUGGCCGCACCCGCCUCUGCCUGGGGAACUGCACCCGCGGGGACACAUCCCAGGAGCGUCCUUGCAACCUGCCCUCCUGCACAGAGCUGCCCCAGUGCCCUGGCCCUGGCUGCGUGGCCGGGAACUGCUCCUGGACCGCCUGGGCCCCGUGGGGACCUUGCUCCAGGACCUGCGGGGUGGGCCAGCAGCGCCGCCUGCGGGCGUACCACCCCCCGGGGCCCGGCGGGCACUGGUGCCCCGACAUCCUCACGGCCUUCCAGGAGCGGCGCUUCUGCGGCCUGCGAGCUUGCCCAGUGCCUGGAGGCUGGUCACGCUGGAGCCCCUGGUCCUGGUGUGACCGCAGCUGUGGUGGGGGCCGAUCCCUGAGGAGCCGCCGCUGCUCAAGCCCCCCGCCCAAGAAUGGGGGUGCCCCCUGUGUUGGGGAGAAGCACCACGCUCGGCUCUGCAACCCCAUGCCCUGCGAGGCCGGCUGCCCGGCAGGCAUGGAGCUGGUCAGCUGUGCCAAUCGCUGCCCCCGCCGCUGCUCCGACCUCCAGGAGGGCAUCGUGUGUCAGGAAGGCCAGGCCUGCCAGCCGGGCUGCCGCUGCUCCGAGGGCUCCCUGGAGCAGGACGGUGGCUGCGUGCCGGUCGGGCACUGCGAGUGCACAGACGCCAAGGGCCGCGGCUGGGCCCCGGGGAGCCGGCCCCAGGAGGCCUGCGGCAACUGCACGUGCCGGGCGGGGCGGCUGACCUGCGAGGCUCGGCCCUGCCCGCCGCCCGCCCUCUGCGCCUGGAGCCGCUGGUCAGCCUGGAGCCCCUGCAGCCGCUCGUGCGGGCCCGGAGGGCAGCAGAGCCGCUUUCGGUCCUCCACGUCGGGCUCGUGGGCGCCGGAGUGUCGGGAGGAGCAGUCUCAGCGCCGGCCCUGCCCCCAGCCCCCGUGCCCGCCCCUGUGCCUGCACGGCGGCCUCCCGCGGGCCCUGGGCGCCAGCUGGCUGCAGGGCAUGUGCCGGCGGUGCUCCUGCACCCCGGAGGGCGUGCUGUGUGCGGACGCGGGCUGUGCAGCGCCCGGGGCCUGGUCGCCGUGGUCCCCCUGGUCCGGCUGCCCGGUCUCCUGCGGAGGUGGAAGCCAGGUCCGCACCCGCGUCUGCUCGGCCUCGACCCCUCGCCUCGGGGGACCCCCCUGCGUGGGCCCCGACCGCCAGACCCAGCCCUGCGGGCGGCAGCCCUGCCGGGGGCCGCUGGAGGCCUGCUCCUGGGGCCCCUGGAGCCCCUGCUCCCGCAGCUGCGGCCCCGGCCUGGCCUCCCGCGCCGGCUCCUGCCCCUGCCCGCCGGCCGACCCCGGCUGCACCGGCCCCUUCCUGCACCUGGACACCCGGGCCUGCUACCCGGGGUCCUGCCUGGAGGAGUGCGCCUGGAGCGGCUGGAGCAGCUGGACGCCGUGCUCCUGCCGCGUGCGGGUCCAGCAGCGCUACCGACACCAGGGCCCGGCGGCCGGAGGGGCCGGGGGGGCCCCCUGCACGCGGCUGGAUGGCCACUUCCGGCCUUGUGUCGGCAACUGCUCUGAGGACAGCUGCACGCCUCCCUUUGAGUUCCAAGCCUGUGGCUCCCCCUGCGCCGGGCUCUGUGCCACACACCUGAGCCGUCAGCUCUGCCAGGACCUGCCGCCCUGCCAGCCUGGCUGCUACUGCCCAGAGGGGCUGCUGGAGCAGGCUGGGGGCUGCGUCCCGCCCGAGCAGUGUGCCUGCCGGCACAUCUCCAGGGACCGGGCCGUGACCCUGAUGCCCGGGGAGCGGCUGUGGCUGGGCUGCAAGGAGUGCGAGUGCCAGCGUGGGGAGCUGCAGUGCACCAGCCGGGGCUGUGAAGGUCUUCUGCCUCUGAGUGGCUGGUCCGAGUGGUCGCCCUGCGGCCCCUGCCUGCCCCCCAGCAUCCUGGCCCCUGCCUCCAGGACGGCCCUAGAGGGGCGCUGGCCCCGGGACCCAGCCGGCCCCUCCCCGACCACGGCCCCCCUGCUGGCCUCGGAGCAGCACCGCCAUCGCCUCUGUUUGGACCCCGAAACGGGGAGGCCGUGGGCUGGGGACCCGGACCUCUGCUCGGAGCCGCUCAGCCAGCAGCGCCUUUGCCCAGACCCUGGAGCCUGCCGGGACCUCUGCCAGUGGAGUCCUUGGGGGCCCUGGAGCCCCUGCCAGGUGCCCUGCGGUGGGGGGUUCCGACUGCGCUGGAGAGAAGCAGGGGCCCCCCAUGGAGGAGGCUGCCCGGGACCGUGGGCCCAGACUGAGAGCUGCAACCUGGGGCCGUGCCCAGGGGAAAGCUGUGAGGCGCGGCAGACGGUGCCCACUCUUGACUGCGCCAACCGGUGCCCGCGGAGCUGCAUGGAUCUCUGGGACCGUGUGCAGUGCCUGCAGGGCCCCUGCCGCCCAGGCUGCCGCUGCCCCCCCGGCCAGCUGGUACAGGACGGGCGCUGUGUGCCCAUCUCCUCUUGCCGCUGUGGCCUCCCCAGCCCCAAUGCCUCGUGGGUGCUGGCCCCGGCCGAGGCGGUGCGGCUGGACUGCAAGAGCUGCACCUGUGUCAAUGGAUCCCUGGAGUGCCCACUCGGUGACUGCCCAGUCCUCGGGCCUUGGUCAGCCUGGAGCAACUGCUCAGCCCCCUGCGGUGGGGGUACCAGCGAGCGCUACCGGAGCUGCCAGAGGGGCCCCGGGGGCGCUCUGUGCCAGGCCCAGGACACGGAGCAACAGCGGGAAUGUAACCUGCAGCCCUGCCUGGAGUGCCCACCUGGCCAGGUGCUCAGUGCCUGUGCCACCUCAUGCCCACACCUCUGCUCGCACCUGCUGCCUGGCGCCCUCUGUGAGCAGGUGCCCUGCCAGAGAGGCUGCAGCUGUCCUGGAGGGCAGCUGCUGCACAAUGGCACCUGUGUGCCCCCCACUGCCUGCCCCUGCGCCCAGCGCUCUCUGCCCUGGGGCCUCACCCUGACCCUCGAGGAGCAGGCCUGGGAGCUGCCCCCAGGGGCUGUGCUCACCCAGAACUGCACCCGCUGUACCUGCCAAGGUGGUGCCUUCAACUGUUCCUUCGACGAGGACUGUCAGGAGUGCCCCCCUGGGGAAGUGUGGCAGCAGGAGACUCCGAGGGAGCCGGGGCCUUGCGAGCAGACGUGCCGGGAGCCCAGUGCCACGGAGACUCAGAGCAACUGCAGUGCCCCGGGCUGCGUGUGCCGGCCAGGGCUCCUCCGUAGCCAGGCGGGCCCCUGUGUGCCCGCAGAGCGCUGCGAGUGCUGGCACCUCGGGCGCCCCCACCCACCUGCAUCCGAGUGGCAGGAGGCCUGCGAGAGCUGCCGCUGCCUCCGUGGGACAAGUGUCUGCGCCCAGCUGUGCCCCCUCCUCACCUGUGCCCAGGGUGAGGUGACUGUGCAGGAGCCGGGGAGCUGCUGUCCCACUUGCCGCCGGGAGACUCUAGAGGAGCAGCCUGACUCUUGCCACCUCCUCACUGAGCUUCGCAACCUCACCAAGGGCCUGUGCUACCUGGACCAGGUGGAAGUUACCUACUGCAGGGGGCACUGCCCCUCCAGCACCCACGUCAUGCCUGAGGAGCCGUACCUGCAGAGCCAGUGCCAGUGCUGCAGCUACCGCCUGGACCCGGACAGCCCCGUGCGGAUCCUCAGCCUGCGCUGUCCCGACGGGCGCACGGAGCCGGCGGUGCUGCCGGCCAUCCACAGCUGCCAGUGCAGCGCCUGCCAGGGAGGUGAUUUCUCAAAGCGCUGAUGCUGGACUUGAUGCGUCCGCUGCCCCUUACAGAAUCAUCGGACGGGCGGUGCUGAGCCGCUCCUGCCGUGGCCCCCAGCCCCUGGCCCGCACAUCCCAAAUAAAGUGACCCUG